AUGCCGCGUCGCCGCGCUCGCCGCCAGGAGCACGUGGAGGAGGCCGAGGAGCAAGACGACCACGUGCACGACAAGGCCCCUGAACCCCCGCAAGAAGCAGACUCGGAGCCCGAAGCCGGCGACCAAGCUCACGAGAUGCGCAGCCUCCGCUUCCGCGAAGAGCUUUCAUGGCGGCCCGCCAAGCCCAUCCCCAGCGCCACCCUCGUCGCCCGCCUCGAGAGGCUGUCAAAGGAGCUGGCCGACUUCGACCAGGGCGAGGUCCAGCUCGACUCCCUCAAGGCCGUCGCCGCCAGUCUGGCCCACCGCAACCUCCUCCAGCACAAGGAUCGCGGUGUCAAGGCUUAUACCGCCUGCUGCCUCGUCGACAUCCUGCGCCUCUUCGUCCCAGACGCCCCCUUUACCGACGACCAGCUCAAGAUGAUGUUUUCGCUCUUCGUCAAGGACGUCCUUCCCGCUCUCCACGACCCGACCAAUCCCUACAACAGCCAGCACAAAUACGUCCUCAUGUCCCUGACCGAUGUCAAAAGCAUCCUCCUCAUCUCCGAGAUCCACGGUGCCGACGACCUCUUGCUGCGCCUCUUCAACUCGGCCUUUGAUGGUGUCUCGGCCAGCGCAAAGGCCCCCGCCGAGGAGCAAGUGGCCAAGGACAUUGAGAUACACUUGACCGAGAUGCUCAUGGAGCUCAUAGACGAGUCUCCGGGCAGCAUACCAGCCACCGUCAUCGACGCCAUCAUCAGCCAGUUCCUGCGCGCGGCGCCCCCUGGGGGUGGCCGCACCAAGGAGCAGCACGACAAGCAGUCGACGCUCCUCCACAAGACGGAACCCGCCGCCUACAUCAUGGCCAAAAACAUUUGCAACGGCUGCGCAGAUAAGAUGUCGCGCUAUGUGAGCCAGUACUUUAGCGACGUCAUCCUCAACGCCUCGGGCUUUGCCACAAAGGCCAAUGGCUACCGCCAGGGUGACGACUCGGAAGACGAGGACGCCAAUGCCGGCCCGUCCGAGGCAGACCUCAAGAGCCUUCGUCAGGCUCACCUGCUCAUCCGCGAGCUCUGGAGGGCCGCGCCCGCAAUCUUGCAAAAUGUCGUGCCCCAGCUGGACGCCGAGCUGUCUGCCGACAACGUGCACUUGCGGCUGAUAGCAACCGAGACAUUUGGAGACAUGAUCUCGGGAAUCGGAGCCGCAGGCCCCCCGCCGCCGCCGACUCUCGAUCCCACGGCUUACCCCCCUCUCCGUCUGAUCGACGACAGGACCCCCGAAGCCGUCGAAGCAAAUGUGCUAACAAAGCCCUACUCGCCGCAGUCGUUUGCCCAAACGCACGCCGGGACCUACCGGAGUUUUGUAGGUAGAAAGAACGACAAGGUGGGCACCAUCCGUGCCGCCUGGGUCACCGCCGCCGGCUACAUCCUGUCCACCUCUGCAGGCGGCAUCGGUCUCAGCAGAGAAGAAGAGAGGGAGCUCGUACAGGGACUCGUGGAGAAGCUCAACGACAGCGAGGAAAAAGUGCGCUUGGCAGCCGUCAAAGCCAUCGAGCUCUUUGAUUUUCGGGAUGUCAUUUCCAAGCUGGGCGUCACCGGCGGGGUGGACAAGGAGGGAUCCAUCCUCGCCAGCCUGGCAGACAGGUGCCGCGACAGGAAACCGGCCGUGCGCGUAGACGCCAUGGUCCUGCUCGGGAAGCUGUGGGCGGUCGGGGCCGGCGAGAUCGCCGAGGGCCAGGAGGCCGCGACGGCGUGCCUGUCCGGCGUCCCGUCGCGCAUCAUCAACGCAUUCUACGCCAACGAUCCCGACCUGAACAUCCUGCUCGACCGCGUCAUGUUCGAAUGUCUUGUGCCCCUCAAGUACCCCCUCAUCAAGGGCAAGGGGGCCAAGAACGCUUCCCAGUCUGCUCAGGGCAAGGGUGGCAAGGCCUUCUUGGCCAUGCAGGCGCGGCAACCUCAGUUCGCAAAGGGCGUCGCCAUCUUUAUUCAGCAGUGCGAAGCCUACAACGGCGGAGUCGUGGAUGCCAACGAGGAAAAGGUCAAGGCAAGCCUGGCCAAGACGUUCCAGUGGCUCGGCGCCUUCUUCGCCGACCCGGCCAAGGUCCGCGGCGACCUUCAAAAGUUCGCCAAGCUCAACGAUCGCCGUAGCUACCAGCUCGUCAAGUACGCCAUCGAGUCCGAGAGCGACUUCAAGACGGUGCGGAGAGCCAUCAACGAGCUCAUCACUAAGAUUCAGGCCGGCGCGGCGGCUGCCUGUCUCGACACACUCAUCCCCCUUCUCUACCGCUCCAGCUGCCUCAUGUUCAACCGCAGCCAUCUCGCGACCAUCAUGGACUAUUCGAAAAGCGACAAGGAGGGGUUCGCCGGGGUCGCCCAUCAGGUGCUGAACGACAUAUCGCAGCGAAACCCCGACAUUUUCAAGGCGCACGCAGAAGAACUGCGCAAGGAGAUUAUUGAGCAGGCGCCAACGGACAAGAGACGUAACGACCCGGCGGUGGUGGACAUUCUGAAAGCAUAUUCAUCCUACUCCAAGAGAUACCCUCAAGACAUCAACUACGACAGGGGCUUCACCCAGACGCUUAUGAACUACGCACUCUACGGGUCCCCCCCAAAGUCUGCCAAGUACGCAGUCAAUGUUCUUCUUGCCAAGAACGACGACAAGAGCAAAGUGACGGCUACGAAUCUCUUGAGGAAUGUCAUGAAGGACUUGAACUAUGGCUCCCCGCACUUUCUCACGAGGCUGGCCGCGAUCAGCCAGCUCGAACGCCUUGCUCCCAUGGUCACCGCCGACUCGGACGAAGCGAUCCACGACUUGACCAUCAAGAAGAUCCUCCGUGAGGUGCGGACCGAUGCAAAGGCCGAUUCGGAUCCUUCGUGGAUCGACGACGCCGAGCUGGACGAGGAACUACAAGCCAAGUGCCUGUCACUCAGGAUAUUGGCCAACCAAGCCAUGGCGACGGAGGAGGAGCCCGACGCCGAGGAGAGGAUCAAGCCAGUUUUCAAGCUGCUAAAGACUUUUGUCGUCAACGAAGGGGAGUUUUGCAAGACCAAGGACACACCCUUGCACCACAGGAAGCGCCUUCGGCUGCUAGCAGGACUCCUCACGCUGAAGCUGUGCACUGUCAAGAAAUACGACGAGCAGCUUGAGCCGACAAGCUUCAACAAGCUUGCCGAGCUGAUUCAGGACAGCGAGCUUCAGGUCCGUCGGCGGUUCAUGGAGAAGCUGCAAGACUACCUGACGCGUGCAAAGCUCCGGGCAAGGUUCCACACAAUCCUGUUUCUGGUCGCCUUCGAGCCCGUGACCGAUCUCAAGAACCGGGUAGAGACUUGGAUUCGAUCCCGGGCUCGUUGCUACGGGGAGAAGAAGCAGCAGAUCUUGGAGGCUAUCAUGGGCAGGCUGAUUCCCCUACUGGCACACCAUCCCGACUACACUUCCAACACCGAGGAUCUUGCCGACUUUGCAAACUACUUCCUCUUCUACCUAGGGGCCAUUGCGACCGAGGAGAACAUCUCCUUGAUUUACAAGUAUGCCGAGAGAGUCAAGCAGACGCGAGAUGGCGUCAACUCUGACACGAGCGAGAACCUCUACGUGCUGAGCGACCUGGCCCAGGCGGUGAUCCGCAAGUUUCAAGAAAGGAGGAACUGGAGCUUCCAGGCAUGGCCUGGCAAGGUAGGGCUUCCCACUGGGCUGUACACGGCCCUGCCGUCCAGUGAGGUGGCGCAGCAGAUUGCAAAGAAGCAAUACAUCCCGGACGAGCUGGACGAGCGUCUGGACGACAUGAUCCGGGCCCUGGAUCGCAAGAAGAAACGCAAGUCCAUGAAUGACGGGGCAGACCCGCCGGCCAAGCGAGCCAAAACGGCCGUCAGGGAGCGGUCUAAAUCGAAGGCGAAGGCGACAAAAUCAGCAACGAAGAAGACGCCCAAGCCAAAGACGCCAAAAGAACGGGACGAUGCCGACGACGAGGAGGAGAUGCUGGAUGGCGUGGCAGUUUGGGACUAUGAAAAAGACGGCGAUUCCUCUAGUGAUCAAGGAGAGCCGGCAGCCAGCGACGAAGGAUCGGAAGAGGAGGGUGGAGGCGAAGAUAGCAACAACGAGUCUGAGGAAGAGAGCGCGACUGCAUCGAGGAGGAACGGGCAAAAGGAAGCAAAGGCCAAGGCCAAGGAGAAACCAUCGGCGGCCAAGACCAGCAUGGGGGACCAGUUGGAAACGAGCAAGCGAGGCAGCCGAGCGCGCAGACGGGGAACUGCCAGGGACUCGUCAGAGAUGGAAGUGGACGACGAUGAUGACUGA